GAGCGAGAGUUAUUGGAUUUUUCUCGGUAAGUCCGUCUCGUGGACGCUGAUCACGCACGUUUCAAACCAAAACAGUACUAACAACCGGCACUAUCUCUUUCAUUUCCUGACUUUCCAACUUUGGUACCACUUCUCCUUUUCCUUUUCCUCAUGAACUCCACGGUAAUUACCGCUGCAAUUUUCCUCGCUCUCUUCGCUAUCACCUUCACCUUAUUCAACCCACUAAACCUCUUUACACCGCUUCCCAUUCCUGGAUCCAAGGAUCACCUCCAUGCUGCUCACUUGCUCCACGUCACCGGAGCCGUCGGUCCGGAGAGUCUUGUUUUUGAUAGUCUCGGUGAUGGACCCUACACCGGAGUCGCCGAUGGUCGGAUUCUGAAAUGGGAAGGAGAGGAACGUGGUUGGACUCAAUUUGCCGUCACAAGUUCCAAUAGGUCGGACUGUGUACGUCCAUUUGCACCAGAAUUAGAGCAUGUUUGUGGGAGGCCACUAGGACUGAAGUUUGAUAAGAAAAAUGGAGAUCUGUACAUUGCUGAUUCCUACCUCGGCCUCAAAGUAGUAGGACCUGCAGGGGGUUUGGCCGCCGAAGUAGCAACAGAAGCUGAAGGACAGCCCUUUCGCUUCACCAAUGACAUGGACAUCAGUGAAGAUGAAGAUGUGAUUUACUUCACUGAUUCGAGCACAGUAUAUCAGAGAAGGCAAUUUAUGCUUAUACUUCUUAGUGGAGACAAGACUGGGCGGUUAAUGAAAUACGACAAGUCGACAAAAGAAGUGAAGGUCUUAUUACGCGACCUUGCUUUUCCCAACGGUGUUGCUUUAAGCAAAGAUGGUUCAUUUCUUCUGGUAGCUGAAACCUCGACUCACAGGAUUCUGAGGCUUUGGCUUCAUGGACCUAAGUCUGGCCAAGUCGAUACUUUUGCUAUUGUUCCAGGUUUUCCGGACAAUAUAAGGAGAAAUUCAGAAGGGCAGUUCUGGGUAGCUUUACAUGCCAAAGAAACUCCCUUUGCAAGGUGGAUUGCUUCCAAUUUAUGGGCUGGUAAAGCAUUGUUAAAGCUUGGAAAUUUCAAGCAGUUGCAUGCGUCGGUGGCGAAGAAGCCUCAUGCUGCAGCUAUAAAGUUGAGUGAUGAAGGGGAAAUAUUAGAAGUCUUGGAAGAUUGUGAAGGGAAGACGUUGAAGUUCAUCAGUGAAGUGGAAGAGAAAGAUGGAAAACUUUGGAUUGCAUCAGUGUUAAUGCCUUAUAUUGGUGUUUAUAGUUUGUGAGAAUGCAAUGUAGGUAAGAUGGUAUUUGAAUUACCCUUGGACUUAGUUUGGAUUCAUUUUUAGCUUAUGAGCGUGAUUAUCAAAUUGAGAUUCAGAAUGUGAAAGACCUAUUUUUUUGAAUAAUAAAUCGAAUCUUAUUAUAAA